AUGGAGGUUGUAGUACGCUCUGGGGUUCUGAACUCUGCGAAUAACUGUAGGUAUGCAUUUUUAAAUGAAGAUAACAUUUUGAUUUUUGAUUCACUUGUAGAUCCUGAUGCUUUAGCAAUUGGGUGGUAUCUUAAUUUCCCCACAAAGGAACAAUCUAAUAAUGCAAUGGAAACGAAUAAAUCAAACCAAAAGCAGUAUGCUGUAUCUGCUUGUAUGUCAAAUUGUAAUAAUUUCUUUGCAGCUUGUGAUUCUUUAUGUUUAUUGCAUUUAUGGAAAAAAUCAGAGGAAACUGGUCAUUGGAAAGUAUUGAGUUCUCGAGAGCUGCCUCGGAAGGCCCAGAAAGCAAUUUUUUCUAACUCUAGCUCUGAAAUUAUUAUUGCAGAUCGAGGAGGUAAAGUAACUAGUUUUUCAGUUUCUAAUCACGAUAGCCCUGGAAAAUUUCUUCUUGGUCAUGUAAGUCUUAUUAUAGAUUUAUCUAUAUCUCAUGAUGAUAAGUAUCUAGUUACGUGCGACAGAGAUGGUAAAAUUAGAGUAUCAUGUUACCCGAAUUGUUACAAUAUACAGAGUUAUUGCUUGGGCCAUCAAGAAUUUGUGUCUUUCGUUAAAUGUAUUUCAUUAUACGAUGAAUUUGUUCUUUCAAGUUCUGGCGAUGGAACUAUACGUCUAUGGAAUUACUUGGAUGGAACUCAGGCCAAAAGUAUAAAGAUCUUUGAAGAUACUGAAUUAAUUAAAGAAUGUGCUUCAUGUGACAAUGCAAAUUUAGAAUUUUUUGAAAACUCGGGCAAUAUUGCAAUAACUGUUGAACAAUUUCGCUUUUCAGUUAGAUGUUUAAAAGUUUGCUUCAAAUAUCAAUUAUUUGCGAUUUUGUUUUACAUGCAGAAUGGAGUUGCUAUUUAUCAGUUACCUAAUGUUGCAGAAGAAAACUUUCGUUUCAUUCAAUUCAUUCCUCUUAAAAGUGAAGCUGUAGAUGUAGUGUUUGAUGAUUUAGGUAAUUUAUUAAUUUUACAGCAGUGCAAAGAAGAGCUAACGUUAUUUUUAGAGUACAAAGAAAAUGAAAAAAAGUAUUUAUUAAAAAAUGAUUACAAUAAAGAUCUUGUUUUCAACAUAAAGGCAUUUUAUGGUGAUGGUGAAUAUUUUAUGGAUGCUAAAAUGGACUUUGAACAUCUGUUUAAAUCAUCGUAUGAAUUUUCUGAUGAUACAGAAAACAGCAAAACUAAACCUUUGUCAAAGAAGAUUAAAAUAUAAAAAAAAAACAAAAAAAACUGCUGUUUAAAAGACUAUUUUAGUGUUACACAUAAUUUCUUUUUUUUUUUUUUUUCCCUUUUAACGUUUGGUUUUAGUGAAAUUUAAAAAAAAAAAAAAAAAAAAAAAAAAAAAAAUCAAGUAUGUUUACUGGAAAUUAAAA